ACACACUCUCUCUCUCUCUCUCUCUCUCUCUCUCUCUCUUUCACACAUACACAUCUUCACGCCUUAUCUCCUUUUCUUUCUGUCGUUUUCUUCAAUUUGUGACCGUAAAUUUUGUAAAAAACUGCAAUAAUGGUGUAAAAAGGAGGUUAGGUUCCGCCAUGGAGUCGCAGGAUAACGGAAUGUGUGGGGUUAUUGAUUAUAAUCACGAGGUGUAUGAUGAGGAUUGUUUUGGUGACAUACUUAAUAUCUUGGAUUUACCUGUCGAGAAUUUGGAAGGAGACGGUCUUGCCGAAGAUUGGGCUUUGAAACUUGGUCCUAUCCCGUCCGAGGUUUUUAGGGAGAUGCUACCACCCGUCUCCCAAAUCGGUGGUGUUGUUAAUGACAAUGGCGGCGGUGGCGGCUCUGCAGAUUUGCUCACUGAAUGUUUUGUUCUUAAUGACGAAACUUGCCAACCAAAAUGUCAGCCGAUUCUCAAAUCCAAAACCUCUAAAUUUCAACCAAAACCGCAACCACCAUCUUUUCCGGAAGGAAAAAAACAGUACCCAAUGCCAAGAUCCUUCGAAGCACCUAGCCCUGAUUCAGUCCUUGAGCGUCGCACCUCUGGCUCGACCAGCAAGACUGUCUCCUUUGGAACCGAAAUAGCCAUCCCCGUAAGAAGUCGAACCAAGCGGUCACAAUCAGGGUCAACCACCAACCCAUGGUCAAGGUCACCCCUACUAAUUCCGCUUCAAAAGGAACGGAAAAAGAGACGAAAUCUUUUCCAGCAACCCGUUAAUGAAACCAAGAAAUGCAGCCAUUGUGAGAUAACUAAAACUCCACAGUGGCGAGAAGGUCCGAUGGGACCAAAAACGCUGUGCAACGCUUGUGGGGUCCGGUACAGAUCCGGGCGGCUGUUCCCUGAGUACCGGCCAGCAGCAAGUCCGACGUUCAUACCGUCGGUGCACUCAAAUUCUCACAGGAAGGUGAUAGAGAUGAGACAGAAGAUGGAUGAUGAUUAUGUUACGAAGAAAGUUUUGAGUUCUAAUUCAAGAGACACUGGACUUUGUUCGUGUGAGUAGUUAUCGAUUUUCAUCUUGUGCAAGACUUAGAAAAUUAGAGGGUUGUCAUGAUUCUAUUGAAGCGAAUCCUUUGCUCAAUCUCUGUUGUGAUUUUUUGGUGGUUCAAAUUUUUGACAAUUAGAGUUGGUGAUGGGAUUUGAGUUC